CUCACAUCACACUAGCACCAUCAUCUCACAGUAGCACAGUAGCACCAUCUCACACCAUGUACAAGAUCUGCAUUUUCCUCGCCCUGAUGGCCACCGCUCUCGCUGCCCCUGUCCAAGAGAAGACGCAGACCAAACGUGGACUCGCCCUCGGAUACGGCUACAGCGGUUAUCCGCUUCCCCUUGGUCUUGAUGCCUACCAUGCCCCCCUGGAGGCCUACCAUGCCCCUCUUGUCUCCCACGCGCCCCUUGUCAGCCAUGCCCCCCUCAUCUCGCACGCCCCAGCACUACCUUACCACGCCCCUAUCUCUUCUCUCGCCUACUCUUCCCCCUACUUCGGCUACGGACACUACCCCUACUUCCAUUAAGCACUUGUUUAGGCUAAACUCAGGUUUAUAAAUAGGUUGUUUAACAUGUCUGUUGUAUAUUUUUUUCUCAAAAACUCUAUUGCAAAGCACCAUAUUACGUUUUGUAUUAUUGUUACUUCAAAAUUUUAUAAUGCAUUUCUGAUAGUUUCUGAGUACUUAAGUUUCAAACUGUGUGAUGAAAUUGUCUAAACACUGUGUUUCUGUACAAGCCAGAAUUAAUUAUUACUAGUCAAGGCUACAACUAUUUUGUAAUGUUAACUUUACAAAGUGAAUAAAACUGUUUUUAUUUCUGGUUAAACCCAA